AUGUGUACCCCGUACCCUCACUGUCCCAGCGACUUCGAAUACACCGAGGAAGUAUCACCAUGGAAGUUUGAAGGUGACCCUGAUAUUGCUGGCAUCGGGGUGAUUACUUCAUUCUUCGUCUAUGCAAUUUUGACCAACCUCCUCGCUUUUUACGCCUACUUCUUUGCCGAAGGGAUUGUCCCAGACGACUUUUACAACCACCUCGACUCCAUCUUACGUACAAAGGCCCAACUUCUUCUCAAAUUCACUACAGAGUGGUGCAUCAGCCCUCUGUUUGAUAAAUCAGCGAGCCAUGUCCCCUCCUCAUUCCGCCUUCUAUGCCGUAGAAUUUGGCAGGACCGAGUCUUGAGUAUCCGAACAGAGCGCGUCCACGCCAUAUGCCUCCAACUUGCCGACGUGCAACUCAUCACGGGGGCGUCCAUUCUCAUAAUCUUAUACUCAACCCAUUGCACCAUCACACAAUAUCACUUCCAUAUUGGGUCGCAACUAGCUUAUUUAUCUUUCGCGACUUUUCAAGCAACAUUCAUGACAAUUAGGGAUCAUUUACAAGGCGGCCUCUAUAAGCGACUUUGGCGCUACCUCUGGAUCGUGGUAAUGUUUGGCGCUAUAUUCCCUACCAGAAUCCUGAACUGGAACAGCUAUUUUCUCGUCCAGGACUUGUACGGAGCACCCGUGCAAUGUGCCCUAGACAAGAUGACUGAAGGAUGGUAUAGCUUAAGUCUGUUCUUCGUGAUAGUGGAGUGUGGGAUGUUGGUUUGGUCUUUCUACUCUAUCACGAUAUCCCUAUUUCCAUCCAUACCGGAUUGUCCCCCUUUUGCUCAAAUAGAACGUUUCACGCACUGGGCACUCUCAUGGCCAUCACGCCAUUUGCUUCGAGCACAGAGUCCCGACAGCCCCGCCCGAAAAAAGCGAUUCUGGACCGUCAUGUUCUUCAUGAUCAUUCCGUGUCGGGAGUUUGUCUUCUCGGAGGCCUUUGGUCUGCUGAGGUUGUAUGCAAUAUUGAUGUAUGCUGGACACAGUGUGAUCCGUGAACGAGCAGAGGCCGCCUACCAGGGGCGCCAGGGUGACGAGAGUGAAUGGGGGUUCGGUCAGGUCAUGCCUGUCCUUUUGCUGGCCAUCCCAUUUUCCCAAUUUGUGGAAGAACUUUGCCGACUUCAAGAUUCUACUUCUAAAAGAGGCAAGCUUAGCACUAAACAGAGUCCUUCGUCUAGUCAUGCCAUUUCAGCCCGCAAUCGAGAGCACUACGAGCUUGCUGUCGUCCUCGAUCGGAGUGGACUUGCAAGAGCAUGGACAACGCCCUCGCAGACCUCGUACCUCGUAAGUCUAACAAGGAUGCUCAACAAGCCUACUUACCUACGACUGCGAUUUCCAUGA